GGGAAUCAGUGGAAAACAAAUAUGUCAGCGCCCAUGGAUAAGGAAGAAGCAAAGUAGGAUGUGUGCAUGGAACAUGUGGAAAAGAAUAGCGAUCAUUUACUUGCAGUAGAAGUGAAAAGUGAACCAGCAAAUCAAGACAUUCUGUAUUUGAGGCAGGUCUAGCACAGCUCCUAUGGGCGACACCAAACAACCUCCAUCCUCGGACGACAUGAGAACCUUUGUCUUCGGCCAACACAUCAUAAAAGCGACGCAGGUUUUCUUCAAGACGCCACUGUCUUUUGGCGUAGUCAACCGAAUGCCAGUGCAACCUGGUCAUGUGCUGGUGUGCCCGCUGCGCAAAGUGGAACGAUUCCGUGACAUGACGUCGGACGAGGUGACGGAUAUGUUCCAGUCAGUGCACCUCAUAUCAAAGGCACUGGAAGUCCAUUACGGGGUCACGGCAAUGUCAAUUGGACUACAGGAUGGACCGGAUGCGGGCCAAUCAGUGAAGCAUGUACACAUUCAUAUCGUGCCAAGAAGAAAGGGCGAUUUCAAAAACAAUGAUGACAUCUAUCCACUGCUUGAAAAGAACGACCACGUAGCCUUUGAUGCACCAAGUACGAGGGAAUGGAGAACGGAAGACGACAUGCGGCAAGAGGCAUUCAAUCUUAGACAACUUUUCCCUGAAACGUACACCAAAGACCUCUGAUGUUAAGGUUAUAUUCAACAUGUACAUAAAUUUAAACUGAUGCCUGGAUGACAUCCAUGAUCUCCCUGCUUAGACACGAGGUGAAGUAAACAUCCCUUCUGCUUUGCUCCGGGCCUCAGCCUGCCAAUCCCCCCCCCCCCCCCCAUUUGCUCAGCGACAUGAUAAAUUCCCAACAGGUGACUGGCCUGAUGUGUUACAAACCCUCAAGGCACAGUGAGAUCCUCGGUUAUUACAUCCUCUCAUGUUUGAACACAUGACGAAGAAGGACUUCGUAACCCAAGUAAACGGCUUUGUGAUAUAAGACAGAGUUGGCAGCAAUUUAAAAUCUGUCUCCCUGAGCCCCCUUUUGUCUUGGACUUGGUUAAGGCUGCAAUAUUCAGAGGCAAAUAUGAUACCGUUAGGUAUGAAUAGAAGGAUGGACAUGACACGGCUGGUUUAGAUAGAUUUCCCCCUCCAUCAGCCAGUGGCAACUUUGAUGGAAAUAAAAGACUUUAGAACUGCAGCUGAGGAAAACUGGACUCAAUUGAUGUAAACGUCUUGUGAGAGAUCUUCAACUUCUUAGAAACUCUACAAUACUGGCCCAAUGAGUAGCCCAUCAUUAAGCCUGAUUUUUCUAAAAUUGUGAAAGUUUUUGAUUUUCCUGCUCAGUCAUCAACCCAUGUGACUCUACCCCACAAGUCAUUCAGUCUUAAAUCCAGUGACACGCUCUUCAAAUGAACUUAAAGCUAGAGUCCAUCAUUUGCAGCCAUCCGAAAAAGUGACUGGCGUAUUAUUGUUGAAAAACAUACUUGGUUGAAAGAUAGUAAGUGGACUAAACUC